AUGACCGCCAAGUGGCAUCAGUUCAAGAAGUUAACUAGUGCUCAGUGGUCAGAAAUGCUGAAGUAUUUGGUGUUUGCCUUCGCCGCCGUGUCCUGUGCACUGGCAUCUCCCACAGCCAUCUAUCCCUGCCCAUCCUCAGGACUCGAGCGCUUGCCGCACGCCUCCAGCUGCAGCCACUACGUCCAGUGCGUCUCCGGCAUUCCCGUGCUGCGUCAGUGCGCUCCGGGCUUCUACUUCAGCGUGGAGUACCACGAGUGCAAGCACCCCUAUUUGGCAGAGUGCGACAUCGAGGAUCACGUCUGUCCCCUGUUCAAUGACCCCGAGAAUCUAGUCUAUCUGCCCGAUGACACCAGCUGCGAGGUCUACUUCCUCUGCAACGAGGGCGAACCCGAGCGCUUCACCUGCUUCGAUGGACUGCACUGGGAUCCCGUGAAUCACGAGUGCAACUACCCAUCCCUGGCCAAUUGCCAGAACGUCGAUGUGCAGUGCAACGACACUGGCAUCCACGUCGUCCCGCAUCCCUUCCUCUGCAACAGAUACUUCACGUGCGUGAACGGCGAGCGCUUCCCUGACAUCUGCCCCGGAAACACUGUCUUCGACGUCGUGAGGUGGAGAUGUCACUUCCCUGAAGAGUCCGUCUGUGUCUACUGGGACGAAGAUGAGUACACAACAGUUGGACCAACUCCGUACCACAAAUAA